AUGACGACUCUAACCCGCAAGGAGCCGACAACUUCUCAAGACAAAGAGACUACGAGAGGCGAGCUGCCUCAGAAUAUGGAGAAGACUUCGGAUAUGGAGAUCGACGAGAUAGACCCAGAAUGCUCGGAAGCUACCCCGAUACGCCCUUCCACUCCGGAGAUCAAGGUCUUGUCGAAAGAAGACCAAGUCAAACUCCGGGUGAAAGAGCACGUAAAGCUCUGGAAGCAAUGUCUGGUCGCCUCCCGGGAAGGACCGACCGCAAGGCUACGAGCCUUGCUGACUACCGCUCAGGAGAGUCAGAAAACUCUUCAGAAACUCAUCGACAACGAAGAGAUCGAGAGUUAUGUCAAGGGUUGGAACCCGUGGGAAGAAAAAAAGAUACAUUUUCCUUCUCCUCCCAAAAAGAAUCUAAUGAAGUUCAAGAGGAACGAGCCAGGCAAGAAGCAAAGCUCAAGCUCGACAAAUUUCUCCGAUCCCGCCAAAUGGAAGAAGGUGACGGAUCUCCUUCAAAUGGCUUCCGGACUGUACCAGAACAUUUAA